AAUUGUUAUAGGAAUAAUGACAACGUUUCCAUUAUAAAUACGUUCCUAAGAUUCCAACAAUAUACCAAACUGAAAUACUAAAAGCUAGAAUCUUUAUUGGUUGCUCCCUACAUUCCGAGAAAAUCCCAAAACCCACAAUCUCUCUGUCUCUCAUAUUACUCGAGCAUGGGAAGUGUAGAGAUAGAAGCGCCACCAACCAAGAAACUUGAAGAAGACGAGAUUUCACCAAUAGAAGAAGUCCGUUUAACCGUAUCAAACACCGACGAUCCUUCCCUGCCAGUAUGGACUUUCAGAAUGUGGUUUUUAGGUCUUGUUUCGUGCUGCCUUCUCUCUUUCCUCAACCAGUUUUUCUCGUAUCGUACGGAGCCACUUGUCAUUACCCAGAUCACCGUUCAGGUUGCUACACUUCCCAUCGGACGGGUCAUGGCUGCUGUGCUUCCUCAAACAAAGUUUAGGAUUCCUGGGUUUGGGGGUAGAGAGUUUUCUCUUAAUCCCGGACCAUUUAAUGUUAAAGAACAUGUUUUGAUUUCUAUAUUUGCUAAUGCUGGUAGUGCUUUUGGGAAUGGCUCCGCUUAUGCUAUUGAAAUUGUUAAUAUUAUUAAAGCUAUUUACGGGAGAAGUAUCUCCUUUCUCGCUUCUUGGGUUCUUAUCAUCACUACACAGGCUUUGGGAUAUGGCUGGGCCGGGCUUCUAAGGAAAUAUGUAGUCGAGCCAGCACACAUGUGGUGGCCUGGCACCCUCGUUCAGAUCUCCCUUUUCAGGACAUUGCAUGAAAAAGAAGAAACAGAAAAUGGGAAUCGUAUGUCAAGAGUGAAAUUCUUUGUGAUUGCACUAACAUGUAGCUUUUUAUGGUACUUGGUACCUGGUUACCUGUUCCAAACAGUACAAAGCGUGGCAUGGAUAUGCUGGGCAUUCCCAAAGUCAGUUACUGCACAGCAAAUAGGGUCUGGAAUGGGAGGACUAGGAGUUGGAGCCUUCACACUUGACUGGUCAACAAUAGCUUCUUUCCUGUUAAGCCCUCUUCUUACUCCCUUCUUUGCCAUUGUCAACGUCUUUAUAGGAUACGUAUUGAUAUUAUACGUGUUGACACCAAUAACUUACUGGGGACUAAAUUUGUACAAUGCUAAAACAUAUCCAAUCAUUUCUUCUCACUUGUUCGAUGCACAAGGUGCAAGAUAUAACUUUUCAGCCAUCAUCAAUGAUAAAUUCGAGUUAGAUAUGGCCCAGUAUCAGAAGUUGGGGAGAGUACACAUGAGCACCUUCUUUGCUGUCUCUUAUGGACUUGGUUUUGCCACUAUUGCAGCUACUCUUACUCAUGUGGCCUUGUUCUAUGGAAGGGAAAUUUAUGACCGAUACAAAGCCUCAUACGAGGGAAAGGAAGAUGUCCACACAAGAUUAAUGAAGAGUUACAGAGACAUUCCAACUUGGUGGUUUUAUGUGCUUCUUGCAGUGACAUUUGUAGCCUCCCUUGCACUUUGCAUUUUCAUGAACGACCAAGUCCAAUUACCAUGGUGGGGGCUUAUACUUGCAGCUGCUCUUGCCUUCAUUUUCACCCUUCCUAUUAGCAUUAUCACUGCCACCACAAAUCAGACACCAGGACUGAAUAUCAUCACAGAAUAUAUUAUGGGUCUUAUAUAUCCUGGAAGACCUAUAGCCAAUGUCUGCUUCAAGACCUAUGGUUACAUGAGCAUGUCUCAGGCAGUUUCCUUUCUUAGUGAUUUCAAGCUAGGCCAUUACAUGAAGAUCCCUCCAAGGUCCAUGUUUCUUGUGCAGUUCAUAGGAACGAUCAUUGCUGGAACUAUCAACUUGGGUGUAGCAUGGUGGCUUCUUGAUUCAAUUGACUACAUAUGUCAGGAUCAGCUCCUUCCGUCAAACAGUCCUUGGACUUGCCCGGGCAGUCGUGUCUUCUUUGAUGCAUCAGUCAUCUGGGGUUUAGUGGGACCGAAGAGGAUUUUUGGAUCUCUUGGAGAAUACUCAGCUCUUAAUUGGUUCUUCCUUGGAGGAUUAUUAGGACCAGUUGUAGUAUGGCUUUUCCACAAGAAAUUCCCAAACCAAACUUGGAUACCACUGAUUAAUCUUCCAGUACUGUUUGGGGCGACUGCCAUUAUGCCACCGGCAACUGCAGUCAACUUCAAUUCCUGGAUUUUGGUUGGAACAAUAUUCAAUUUUUUCAUCUUUAGGUACAGAAAGAAUUGGUGGCAGAGGUAUAACUAUGUCCUGUCAGCAGCUCUUGAUGCUGGAGUGGCUUUCAUGGCAGUUCUUAUUUACUUUACACUGGGACUUGAAAAUGUUAACAUGCACUGGUGGGGUUCCGAUCCUAAUAUUGAUCCUGAGCACUGUCCGCUUGCUUCCUGCCCAACUGCAAAGGGUAUUAUAUCUGAUGGGUGCCCGAUAUUUUAAAAGAGUUAUCAUUUCAUAGUUGAAUAUCGAAUUAAGUAGAAGUGUAUGAUAUACUGGAUUUGGGUUGGAUUAAGUUGGUUCAGAAUGUUACAAACAUGGUUUUUUCGCGCAAAUUGCAAAUUUCUUUCCAUGUCCUGGUUAUGAAUGCUUAUUUAUUAUCUAAUGUUGAGCAUUAUAAAUCUAA